CAUGGGUUUAACGUCAUUUUUGGGCCUACAUUAACCUUCCAUGUAGGCUUUGUUUGGCUUUACUGCUCAAACUCUGGUUAACCCCCUUGGGUAGAAUGGGCCGUGGUGAGGAGCUCAGUGAAUUUCAGCGGGGCACUGUGGUCGGAUGCCACAUGUGCAAGAAGUCAAUCCGCGAGAUUUCUGCUUUGUUAAACCUGCCGCGGUCCACCGUGAGCGCUGUGAUUCUGAGGUGGAAACGUGGAGGAAUAACGACGGCUCUGCCCCGGAGCGGCCGGCCGCACAAGCUCAAAGAGGAGGACCGUCAAGUGCUGGAGAAAGUAGCGCUGGAAAACUGUCUGCCCACGGUGGAAGCGCUCACUACUGAGUUUCAGAGUGCGUCCGGGGCCAACGUGAGCUGCAGGACUGUCCGCCGGGAGCUGAAUGAGAUGGGCUUCCGUGGCAGAGUGUCCUCGUACAAAAAACAAAGAGGAGGGGAAGAAGCAGAGGCAGCCCCAAGUCAAGAUGAAGCCAAAGUGGACGUGUCUCGUCUGGACCUGCGUGUUGGACGUAUAAUCACAGCUCUGCAGCUUCCAGACACCGACAGUCUUUAUGUGGAGCAGGUUGAUGUUGGAGAGGCUUCUCCCAGGACAGUGGUCAGCGAGCUAGCCAAGCACAUACCUGUGGACCAGAUGCAGAACCGCAUGGUUGUUCUGCUUUGUAACAUGAAGCCAGCCAAGAUGGGAGGAGUGGUGUCCCAGGCUAUGGUCAUGUGUGCCAGCUCUCCGGACAAGGUCGAAGUCCUUGAACCUCCGAGUGGAGCAGUCCCAGGGGACAGAGUCACUUUCCAGGGCUUCCCAGGUGAACCAGACAAAGAGCUGAACCCCAAAAAGAAGGUGUGGGAGCAGGUUCAGCUAGACCUACGCACGGAUGGACAGUGUGUUGCAACAUACAAGGGAGCUGCCUUUGACAUCGCCGGCAAGGGGGUGUGCAAAGCCCAGACCAUGUGCAAUACACAAAUCAAGUAAACUAACCGAGCUGCUCGAAAUAGCUCAGUGCAAAUCCCUGGAGUCAGAAUCCAAAAUAUUUUGGAAAGCCUCCCCGAAAGAGGGGAAGCAGCCCAUGGUUUUGGAAUGAGAUGUCCUGUUAUGUUUGAAGUGUUCGCAUACUUUUGGACUGUAAACCAAGGACGGUAACAGUGAAGAGUAUGUCGCCCUCUGUUGGACGGAUAUGAACAUUACUGUUAGGUUUUUAUUAUGAAAAUCUGAAGUUCUGUGUUUGGCCAAAGGAAGGCACUACAGUAACCAUGAUAACAAACGGUAAGUGUGUAAGUGAGAUAUACAGCACACAGUCAUACCCAGCAUGGCGAAAGAAAAUUUAUAUUCUUUCAAAGAAUCCCUUUUGGGUGGGGAAUGUUUGAUAUUUUCCCAUGAUGCCACAGUGAUCAUUUCCACUGAGCCGUGGAUGAAACUCAAAAGGGCAGUCCCCAGUAAAAAGGGGGACACUAAACAGUUGUACUUUCUUUUGACAGUAUUGAUUGAGCUGGAAAUGAGUAGGGAAAUUACUUUCACAUUACGUAGUUAACCUUAUUAAAUAAUUACACAUGUAAGGGCGGUUCUGUGUUGGGACAGUUCUCUGAGCUGCUUCAGUUUAAGUGUGAUGCUGACAGAUGAUGGAAAUUAGUCAGUGUGUUUUUGUAUCAGUGUAAAUAGUCUGUGCAAUGUUUAUUUGUUAUUUAUCUUACCUGUCACAGUAUUAUAUCUGAGAUCCAGACAAUGUUCUAUAAAAAAUGCUAAUUUUGUUUAUCUUUAGUUUCCCUGGAAAUUGAAAACUGCUACUAAAUGUUUUGUAUCCAUCCUGCUAUUGUAGAUUGUUACUCACCUCUCCAGAUAUUGUAACAGCUUAGCUAAACCUUUUAUAUGUCCAAAAGCUUUUAUAUGUCCUGUUUUGUGGACCAUGUUAGUUUAUUCUUCCAUUUUUGAUUUUUACAUUUAAUUAGCUGAAAUAAUCAAAUGUAGCACCUGAAACAGUUCAGUAUAUUUGAUUACUAAUAACCCUACUUAUCAUUUGAAGGGUGAGAAAAUAAACCAACAUGUUUUGGUUUUAAAAUAAA